UUUUUAUUUUACACAGUAAAGUCACAUGAUACAAACAUCCAUCACAUGAUUAAAUAUAAAAUAAGAGCGAAAAAGGAUAUUUUUGGAAUGCUAUCAUGAAGUCAAGGAACCUUUUUCUUCUGUUCAUUAACUUGAUCUUGGUGAAUUGUAAAGAUUUUGAGUCCUUGUCACACUUAAAAUCAAAAGUGUCCGCAGGAAAACAAGAAGAGGCAGCCAUAGACUUAUUCCAGCGAGUUCUAGGACUGAGGGCUGGUGACUUCAGGGUCAAAGUCCAGUCAGAUCUGGGGCCGAAAGAGAAAGACACAUUUAUAAUCAACACCCAGACAAAUGAUGUUGAGAUUACGGGGACAACAGGUGUGGCCGCUGCAAUGGGACUGUAUUAUUACCUGACUAACUACUGUAACUGUCAGAUCACCUGGGGAGGGAAACAGCUGGCCAUCCCCUCCCCCCUCCCCAAGGUGGAAGGGGGCAAUAUCAACAUCACAACAAAUGACAAGUUCCGGUUCUUCCAGAAUGUGUGCACCGUGAGUUACUCGUCGGUGUGGUAUAGGUGGGAACAGUGGGAAUCAUACAUUGACUGGAUGGCUAUGAGAGGGAUCAACAUGGCACUGGCCUUCACCGGCCAGGAAGCCAUGUUCCAGAGGGUCUAUAUGGGUCUUGGGUUUACAAUGGAAGAUCUGCAGAGUCAUUUUGGUGGACCAGCAUUUUUAGCAUGGUCCCGGAUGGGUAACAUGCAUGGCUGGGGAGGUCCCAUUACGCAGAGCUGGAUAGAUGAUCAACUGAUUCUACAGCACAAAAUCCUGGGGCGGAUGCGGUCCCUAGGUAUGAUCCCUGUUCUGCCGGGGUUUGCUGGACAUGUCCCUGAGGCAACAGUUCUGCGAUAUCCGAAGGCUAACCUGUCCAGACUGCCCGACUGGGCAAGUUUUAACCAAUCCUACUGCUGUAAUUACCUGCUAGACUUCAAUGAUCCUCUGUUUAUGAAGAUAGCAGUUCGUCUUAUUAAAGAGAUGGAGUUUGAGUUUGGAGUAGAUCAUGUGUACAGCGUGGAUACAUUUAAUGAAAUGGAACCACGAUCGAAUUCCACGGAAUAUUUGGCUCUGUCAGGUCGUACUAUUUACAAGAGUUUAAAAGAAGCAGACCCUAAAGCCAUAUGGUUGAUGCAGGGAUGGCUAUUUAUAGAUGAGGGCUUCUGGAAGCCUCCCCAGAUGAAGGCCCUGUUGACUUCGAUUCCACAGGGAGAGAUGAUCAUCUUGGACUUGUACUCGGAGAUUAUUCCUAUCUUCACAAGAACGGACUCGUACUAUGGUCAGCCUUUCAUUUGGUGCAUGCUACAUAACUUUGGGGGCACAAUGGAGAUGUAUGGGGCCCUGAAACUUAUCAAUGAGGGUCCCUUCAAUGGUCGGGCAUAUCCAAACAGUUCUAUGGUGGGAUUGGGGAUGACACCAGAAGGAAUUUUCCAGAAUGAGGUCAUUUAUGAAUUCUUCACAGAAAAUGUCUGGAGAAAAGAACCCCGAGAUGUGUCCACUUGGAUUAGCAAGUAUGUUUUGAACAGAUAUGGAAGGACAAACAAAUUUAUAGAUUUGGCCUGGCAGUAUCUAAAGCUUGGUAUUUACAACAACAGUGACUAUCUCCAUGACAACAGCAUAAACAUCAUAGUAACGACCUUGCCCCGGAUGGCUCCCUUGAUUCAGCAGGAUGUGUGGUAUAACCCUGAGGAUCUGUAUGUGGCCUGGGACAUAAUGACCUUGAGUCUGGACGAUUUCAGCAACAGUUCUCUUUUCAUGUAUGAUAUUGUUGACGUAUCCCGAAACAGUCUGCAGAUCUUGUCCAUUAAAUACUACACGGACUUAGUGUAUGCGUUUGGUCGUGGUGACAUCACUGCCGUACAAUCCCAUGGGGACCAGCUACUGGGCUUAUUACGUGACAUGGACACAUUACUCGGGUCUGAUUCUCACUUCCUGUUGGGACACUGGAUAAAAUCAGCCACAGACAAUGCUAUAGACAUGCAGGAUAACUGGUUCCUACAGUUUAAUGCCAGGAACCAGAUUACUUUGUGGGGUCCAAGAGGGGAGAUCCGGGACUAUGCCUGUAAACAGUGGUCAGGACUCAUCAAGGAUUAUUACUUGCCCCGCUGGGACAUCUUUGUGAAUUACACGUUGGAUAUUAUGUUACAUAACAAAACAUACAACGCUACCGAGCUGGAUAUAAUGAUCUACGAUAAAGUGGAGUUUCCAUUCAGUUACAGACUGGAUCAGUACCCCACAGAACCUCAAGGUGACAGUGUGGCCAUUGUCAAGUCCCUACACAAAAAGUACCGACCAGAUACAAUGUCCGAGUUCUUCCAAACACUGCAGAAAGCUACUGCGGAAAGGCACAGAAAGGACAGGCGAAACUGGAGACAGCGAAAAUACGGCUCACGGACAAAAACGUGGAAAAAACACAACACGCCGUAUAAUCCACAACUACAUCUCGUCAUUAAUAAAUAAUCUAGUGCUGAAUCUGUAGUGCUGAGAGGGGCGGCAUUCUACUGGAGGAACACGUGUGCUAAAACAUUGAAAUUAGUAGAAAUUUUUUUUUAUGUUUUGCUGUACAAAUUGUAUGAAUUGGUUUUUAGAUGCAUCUUGCUUUAUAAGUUGUGUGAUUCUGUAGACAAUCUUUUUUAAUUAGAUUAGACAGGAAACAUCAAGUCAAUUUACAAAUGCUUUUUAUGUUUGGUCUCGGAUUAUUUUUUGUGUACAUAUGAAAUAUUAGUUACAACAUCUGUAUACCUACAGUAUAUCUACAUGUUAAUGUAGCAGUUGAAAAUCUGGGGCGCGUUUUACAAAAGAAUUUACGACUUACCACAAACUUUACAUACUGAAAUUUUCCAGUUUAUUGUAUAUCAUUCACUCCAAAUUCAAAGUAUUUUGUAAAGAAAAAGUUCAAAAAUUUAGCCUCAGAAAAGUUUUAAUUCAUUCAUUUAAAGGAAUAACUCUGUAAUACAAUUUAAGACUUGCGACUUUGUCGUAAGUUGUUUUGUAAAACGAGCCCCUGGAUACUAUUUUUGGAUAGAAUAGCUAGCAGAAUCAUUGAUGAGAAUCCUGUGAUGAGUAAGUCUUGUGACUGAAGUAAGAUUUGUGUCCAUGUUGGCAGCACUUUGUAUAGUGUCCGUAUAGUGAUGAUAAUCUGUGAUAAAUGUAUAAAGAGAGACGAUGUAUUAGUAUUGAUUUAUAAGGGCUCAUUGUAGUGAUUGAUGAUGAUUCUAUUAAUUAUUUGAUAAUGUAUAUUGAAAGAGAAAUUGUUGAACCUUAAUGACAUGGAGUAGGUUAUAAAUGGUUUUGAGUUGUACGUUAAUGUAACCAUAUUACAGUUAAACAUUCACAGAUGUUCAAUAAUACACAAUUUAUUUCAUGGAUGGGUUUUUCCAUCUCUCUUUAAAUGUCCGUGAAUAUAAAAUAUGAAUUUGAAGUUUAUCUCACCCAGGUUUUAUAUUUACGGAGCAUGUAAAACUUCUGUUCACUCCACCAAUAACUGUACGGGUCACUACAAAAAGCAGAAUUCUUAUACUGAAUUCUUUUGUCUAGAGUUUUAAAGGCUUUUAAAUUCUCAUCAAAUUCAAACAUUCCAAUUUUGCUUUGCUUCAGCUUCAUUUUAUGAAAUGUCUUCCGCUGAUCACAGAGCUCAAAUUUUGAGGAGCUUCUCAGCUGAGAGUCUGUCUGUGAUGGGAAUCUGUCUGCCUGUUAUUAAGUUUCAUGUGACUAGUCCAGAAGAGCAGAGCCAAUUUCAAACUUAAUACUGCUGCAUACAGAAAGCAAUGUUUUAGAAGAUAACAAGGCCAGGGUUUGUGAAAUGUUUGUUUAUUUGUGCUUUUAAAAGUUUAGAGCCUUGGGGAUUGCAAUAGUACUUUGUCUAAGGUUUUAUAUAUAGACCAAUAUUAUUUGGUGUAGAUUCAAGGUCAGAUGACUUUGGCAGUUUGUCAAUUUAUGCCUUUUAGUUUGUGUGACUAAAAAUAUUAGCAGUGUGGCCUCUUGUAUAUUAGAUAAUGAAUUGAAUUGCAGAUAGAAUAUUUUUUUUAAAUUCUAAAUCUCGGGGAAAUUCAAAUUUAUAUUUUUAAAAAAUAUGUCAUGUGUUUAAACUUUGAUAAAAGCAUUACAUAUACAUUGUAUUUUUCUGCCUGGUAUCAAAGUAUGUGUUGUAUGAACUGAAUAUAUUUGUUCAAGAAAAUAUUUCCAAGGUGCUAUAAUUAUACUAUUUGGUUGCAAUGUGACUUGAUUAAUUGAUGCUGGUACAUGUAUCUUGCCUGUUAUUUUAUGCAAAUAUUUUACAUUCCAGUAUUUUUUUUAAGUAGUCAUAGGUAUGACAUCAUGCCCUGUGGAAUAAAAAUUGGGAAGAAUG